AUGUCGUGUUACCUCGUGCCGCUGCCACCGCCGCCUUCGUCGUCAGCAGCAGCAGCGACCGGUGCGCAUUUAUCGAUGAUGAUGUGUUCACAAGGUGCUAGCGUCAAAAUGGAGCAUCACUUCCAAGCUGCGCUGGAUCCACGUAAACAGGAAUUACUGGAAGCCAGGUUCAUCGGCGCACGAAUGUCAGCCGGGACUCAGCUGCAGAUGGCUCCGCAGGCUGGCCAAAUGCACCUACCACACCCUCAACCGGGGAGUACUAUUCAUAGCCAAGACUCGAAUAUGAGUACAGGUUCGUCGCACAGCGACAAGGAGCAGGACACUCCGGAGAAAGCCAACUCUAUCACCCGCACGCCUACCGAGCGCAAGCGCAAGCGGAAAAUAGACGACAUAGCCAGCAACAAGCAGCAGCAACCGCAGCCGCCAAACAUGGUGGUCGGGGGGCCCCCUCCGCCACCGCCUAGGUCGGUUACCGACACCAAGAAGAUAAAUGACUACUUCACCAAGCACGGUUCCCAUCCCGUGUCCAACCCGAUGAGACACGGCGGGGCGAAGUCACCGUCGCCAGGCGGACCUCCACAACAAGGUUACCCCAUGUUUAAUCCGGCGAGUGGGCCUCAAGCAUUGAGUCCCGUACUACCUCCGGACUAUGUUUCCAUACUCCACCCACCUAGGAUUAACUCUAGUUCCAUUACAAAAUGUAUACAGACUGAUUUAACGAGUCAUGCAAUCCAAGAGUUUGAAUGUCAGGCUUCUUCGGAUUUGGAACUCAGAAAUAAUAAAAUUGAUGAUUUGAAUAGGACAAAUGAAGAACUGAAACACCAAUUAAGCAGUCAACAGAAAACCAUCGAACAGCACAAGUCGCAUAUAAAUAAGUGCAUAGAUGUGGUAAAGAAGCUUUUAAAAGAAAAGUCUAAUAUUGAAAAAAAAGAAGCGAGACAACGGUGUAUGCAAAACAGACUUCGGCUUGGCCAGUUUGUAACGCAAAGGGUUGGUGCGCAAUUCCAAGAAAAUUGGACUGAUGGCUAUGCAUUUCAAGAAUUGUCCAGAAGACAAGAAGAAAUAACAUCAGAAAGAGAAGAGAUUGACCGACAAAAAAAGAUGCUAGUCAAAAAGCGGCCAUCAAAUAGUGAAACUGGUGGACGUAAACGAGCUAGCAGUCAGUCGGGUACAGGAAGUAGUAGUUCGACUACUAACAGCGUACCAAUCAAUUCAACACCCUCUGUUACGCCACCCAUAACGCUACCCAGCGCAAGUAUCAACAAUAACCAAGUAACUGGUGCUACAACAGGCACGGUCUUGCACAACGGCACUGUAGCCCCAUCGUCCGCAUUGGACACAGCAACGUUCCUAAAGCCAGAAGCUGUUCCAGGUUUAUCGUGGCAAGAGUAUUAUGAAGCAGAUGAGAUACUCAAGUUGCGACAGUCAGCAUUGAAAAAAGAAGAUGCUGAUUUGCAGCUGGAAAUGGAGAAGUUGGAGCGAGAGAGAAAUUUACACAUAAGGGAACUGAAGAGGAUUCACAAUGAAGACCAAUCUAGGUUCAACAAUCACCCUGUGUUAAAUGACCGUUAUUUGUUGCUCAUGUUGUUGGGAAAAGGUGGCUUCAGUGAAGUCCACAAAGCGUUUGAUCUAAAAGAACAACGUUAUGUAGCAUGUAAGGUUCACCAACUGAAUAAAGACUGGAAAGAGGAUAAAAAGGCUAAUUAUAUAAAGCAUGCACUGCGAGAGUACAAUAUUCAUAAAUCUUUGGACCAUCCAAGGGUUGUUAAAUUGUACGAUGUGUUUGAAAUAGAUGCAAAUUCGUUUUGCACUGUACUUGAAUAUUGUGAUGGACACGAUUUAGAUUUUUAUUUAAAACAGCACAAGACGAUAGCAGAACGAGAAGCUAGAUCAAUAGUUAUGCAAGUAGUAUCUGCUCUUAAAUAUUUGAAUGAGAUCAAACCUCCUGUGAUACAUUACGAUUUAAAACCUGGAAACAUAUUACUCACUGAAGGAAAUGUCUGUGGUGAAAUAAAAAUCACAGAUUUUGGCCUUAGUAAAGUGAUGGAUGAAGAAAAUUAUAACCCAGAUCAUGGAAUGGACCUAACGUCACAGGGAGCUGGAACAUAUUGGUAUUUGCCACCAGAAUGUUUUGUAGUUGGUAAAAACCCACCUAAAAUAUCAUCUAAAGUGGACGUUUGGAGUGUUGGUGUAAUAUUUUACCAAUGUCUGUAUGGCAAAAAGCCUUUUGGUCAUAACCAAUCUCAAGCUACAAUUUUAGAAGAAAAUACAAUAUUAAAGGCUACUGAAGUACAAUUUGCCAAUAAACCUACCGUCAGUAAUGAAGCAAAGAGCUUUAUUCGUUGCUGUUUAGCAUACCGUAAAGAAGAUCGUAUUGAUGUGUUCACCUUAUCUAGGCAUGAAUACCUGCAACCACCAUUACCAAAACAUGGCCGUCAGUCGGCUAAUAAUCAACAACAGCAACAGCAGCAACAGCAACAGCAACAACAGCAGCAGCAACAAAUAUCAGCAGCUAAUUUUGCAUCCGGCAUGUUUGGUAACAUGAAUGCAUCAAGUUCGUCCUAA